AUGAGUCUUAUGAUCAUAAAGUGCGGCGUUCCAGAGGCAUUCAAGGAUACUAUAUCUAAAGAAAUAACAAAUGCUAAAGAUUCCCUUGCUAAAAUUGAAAAGCGCUUUGCUAAAAGCGAUAAAGUGGAAACAAGCACACUUCUUCAAAGCUUGAUUUCUAUAAAGUAUAAAGGUAAAGGAAACAUAAGAAAGUAUAUUAUGGAAAUGUCUAAUAUUGUUUCCAACAAUUCCAACAAAUUUAAGACACAAAAGCUUGAGUUUUUGGAUAAUUUACUCGUGCAUUUGGUGUUAAUAUUUCUUCCUGCACAAUUUGAUCAAUUUAAGAUAAGCUAUAAUUGA